GAAUGGUUUUCCUGAAAACGCGGCUAGCUUUACUGUGAGCCCAAUCAAACUUCAAAGAGUGAGUGAAUCGCAGCUGUUUCUCUCUGCACAAAUAAAGAAGCGCGUUCCUGGACUCAAAACAACAACAGAAGGAGAGCCAUGUCAGGCUCCCGUGGCGGUGUAACAUUUAAUUACAGGGUCGGUGAGAGGAUUCUGUGUUUUGAACCAGAUCCUACAAAAGCCAGAGUUCUGUAUGAUGCGAAGAUCAUUGAAGCUGAUGUAACCAGAGAUGAGAAAAAUCGGAAGGUUCCAGAGUACCUCAUUCACUUCAAGGGCUGGAACAGCAGCUGGGACCGCUGGGCCACAGAAGACCAUGUGGUGAAGGACAGUGAAGAGAACAGAGUCCUACAGAAGCAGCUUGCCAAGGAGGCGCUGGCAAAAAUAAAGAAGGCAAAAAGAGCAAAGCAGGGUAAGCGCUGCCGUCUUCCAGGCGUGGAGACGGAAGUUUUGCGGGAAAUUGAGCAGGAAGAAGAGCAGAGGAGGAGAGAGAAGAUCCGUCAGGCAAAGAGGAGAUCAGCUGGAUCCUCCCAGGUUCUUCCAGACAACACCAGUACAACAUCAGAGUCCUUCACAACAGCCUCAGAGAAGGAUCUGUCUGAUGUAGAAGGGCCCAGCACUGCAGAGUCUGAGGAAGAACCUACAGAAAUUCCUGUGGACAUUCCUGUUGUGCUGAAGGACAGGCUGGAGGAAGAUCACAUCAUGAUAUGCAAGAGAGGAAAGUUGGUCCAGUUACCCUGCCAGCCCAACGUGAUCACAAUCCUGGAGAACUAUCUGCGGUUCUUCGCUGCGAAGGGAACGUCCGUGUCGGACAGACUCCACCACCAGCUGUCCAGAGCUGCCCAGCCCUUCGCGGCCAAGUUUCCCACGCCUUCCAACGUCCACUCCACCAGGGUACCGCCUCCAGAACGCAAUGUGGAUCUGGUGAAAGAAGUUGUGGACGGCGUGCGCAUCAUGUUCGACUUCAUCCUGCCACUCACACUGCUGUACCAGGAUGAGGAGGUCCAGCACACACAGAUGGCCACCAGUACCUUCAUUCCUCUCACACCACCAGUGGGACAGACAGAAGCAGACCAGGCUGCCACCCCCCCACCUCCCAAGAUACGAGUGACCCGGUCAGCCAGCCGUUCCCCCAUCUGUCACGAGGCCCAGAAGUCCCACGAACCGUAUCCGCUCCGAGAUUCUGCCGUGAAGUUCAGUCCAGGUCAGGCAUUGGCCUCCAAAUCAGACGGUUUGAGUCUUCGCCGUUCGCGCCGGUUUUCCAUGGAUCAGGAGCCCGCCUUGUCUCUCCCUCCCACGCAGCGUAAGCGUCGUCAUUCCAGCAUCAGCCACGCCCAACCGCUGCCGGCGGCCGUGAGACAGGCCGAGACUCAGACUCCGUCCCCGCCACCCCUCAUCCCCGCCCCUCCCCCUCCCCCUGGGGAGCCUGCAACGGCCAUGGACGUCUCCGACAAACUUUCUAGUGUAGACACUGCCGCGGCAGAGGUGAAAGUACAACAUAAGGCUUUGCUGGAUGAAGCAAUGUGUAAACUCCUCCCGGAUGAUUUCAGUCAGGAUGGACAGAACCCUCCAUCGCUAAUCUAUGGAGCUCAGCAUCUCCUGAGGUUGUUUGUGAAACUUCCAGAGUUACUUGGCAAGAUGCACCUACCUGAAGUCAAGUCUAAGAUAUUGUGUUACCAUUUGCAACUGUUCCUGAAGUACUUGGCAGACCACAGGGAUGAUCUGUUGCCAGCGACAGCCUACGUGAGUGCAGCUGAAGUUCUGGGCAACCUGAGACAACCUAAAGUCAUUAGAUGACUCCUGUGUCAUUCCAGUGGUACAUGUGCUGUACCCUCUUAGCUGUUACUGUAUUUGUUACUUGUACUGUAGUAAAAUGUUUCGUGAAGUAAGCCAGAGUAUUUUUUGUUAUGUGAUGUACCCAACAGGGUAGGUGCAACAUACCAGCCUGUUAUCCAUCAUAUUGUAGCUCUGUUUGCCCUGUCACAUCGUCCUCAUAACAGUAUAAUGGUAAAAGGCUUUCAACAGACAUUUGAAGUCUGAAGUGACACUGUUACUGAGAAAUAUUUCUUCUCCGAAAUGCCAGCAAAUGGUUUUUAUUUAAAACUAAUACAGGAGGUAAGGGCCAAACAUCUCAGUGUGUACUAUUAUGUGUGGAAGCAUUUGUUGGAGCAAAUUGGAGCAAGAAUAGGAUACAUUCCAAGCUGUCUUUUUGGAUUUUUUUUCCGAGUUCUACUAAUUAACAAAAUCCACAUCAACUCAAGAUACAAGAAAUCUAUAAUCUCUAACAAACUUUUAAAGUCGAUAUUCAACUUUUUUUUCAAUCAGAAUGCCUGACGGGCUUAUGUUUCUUUGUAUGUUUCUGGUGCUAUGAUAUAUUUAUAUACACAUAGUUGUCAUGUUGUGAUGUCAUUGUGUCCAACAGUAUGCAAUAGCAAUACAAGUAUGUCUGUACCACUACAUAACAUGUAUGACAAGAGAACAAUUCAUUGUGCAGUACUCUUUCUGCAAACUUCAGGAGUUUUCAGGAAACUUCAUAAACUAAAGUUAAGCUUGGUGAUAUUUUAUUUCAAGAACAAAAUCUGGCACAAACAAAAAAGAUUGCUGGAUGAAUUGUUGGUGCAUACCAAUAUGACCACAUUUGUACCACUAGAUCUGGUAUACAAGAUUCUACAAAAGUAGCCUUGAAGUUGUUCUCAAUGGAACAUGUGAAAUAUUUUCAUCAAUUAUGUAAAUGUAACACUCUGUAACUUCACUCAUUGACUCAAAAAUAGAUCUUGCAGCUGCAAA